UCGAUCCUUCCUGUGUUGGUGUUGUGCAAGUCUGCAGCUGCCUCCCUGACCCAGGAGCUCUGGGCUAGGCAGAGAACGAAGGCACUGGGAAAGAGGAAGCAGAGCUGAGUCCUGAUCCUCAUCGCUUGCGGUGCAGAGACAAGGAGCCAGCUGCAUGCUCCAGGAGCUCCAGCUGCUCCUGGGGCUACUUCCUUCUCGAGCAGGCACCAGAACCAGCCCCGGACGCUGUUAUGGGCUUCCUGCUCCAGCUGCUCAUCUUCACUGCGGUCCUUCCCUCAGGCCAGCCCUCAUGGGGCGUCUCCAGUCCUGAAGGCGUGCAAGGUGUGAAAGGGUCUUGCCUGCUCAUCCCCUGCUCCUUCAGCUUCCCUGCUGAUGUGCCAGUGACCAGCAGCAUCACCGCCAUCUGGUACUAUGAUUACUCGGGCAGUCGGCAGGUGGUGAGCCACUCAGCCAGCCCCGAGCUGGUGGAGUCGCGCUUCCGUGGCCGUGCACAGCUGCUGGGAGACAUGAACCACAAAACAUGCAGCUUGCUGCUGAAUGACCUGCAGCGGGAGGAUGCUGGUGCUUACAACUUCCGCUUUGAGAUCAGUGAGGGCAACCGCUGGUCGGACAUCAAAGGCACCUCGGUCACUGUGACAGAGGAGCCCCGUGCACCCACCAUCGCCUCCCCCCAGGAGCUGCUCGAGGGCACAGAGGUGACCUUCAACUGCUCCAUACCCUAUGUGUGUCUGCGGAAGCCAGUCAGCCUGCGGUGGCAGGGCCAGGACCCCACUCGCUCUGUCACUUCCAACAUCCAGAAACUUGACCCCACAGGUGGCGUCAGCCACACGGAGACCCUCCACACAGCCCUGUCCUGGCAGGACCACGGUCGGACCCUGCUGUGUCAGCUCUCGGUGGCCGACCGUAGGAGCGAGGGCCAGGUCUACCUCCACGUGCAAUAUGCCCCCAAGGGCGUGGAGAUCCUCCUCAGCCCCUCGGGCCGGAACAUCCUUCCAGGGAGCCUGGUCACACUCACCUGUCACGUGAACAGCAGCUACCCCGUUGUUAGCUCCGUGCAGUGGCUCAAGGACGGGGUGUACCUCGAAGCCAGUGGCCCCAUGCUGCAGUUGUCCCAGGCAGUCUGGAAUGAUUCUGGCGUCUACACCUGCCAAGCCGGGAAUACAGUGGGCUCUUUGGUCUCGCCGCCCAUCAGACUCCACGUCUUCAUGGCCAAGGUCAAGGUGAGUCCAUCAGGCCCCAUCCUGGAGAACCAGACGGUAACGCUGGCCUGCGACACACCAAAGGAGGCACCCAGUGAGCUCCGCUACAGCUGGUACAAGAACCAGGUCCUGCUGGAGAACGCCCACACCCCCAUCCUGCGGCUGCACUCGGCCGCCAGGGCCGACACUGGCUUCUACUUCUGCGAGGUGCAGAAUGCCCAGGGCCGCGCGUGCUCUGACCCCGUCAGCGUGCUGGUCAGCCACCCACCGCUUGUCCCGGACCUGAGUGCCUUCCUAGAGACACAGGCCAAGCUCGUGGGCAUCCUCCAGUGCUCUGUGGUCAGUGAGCCCCUGGCCACACUGGUGCUGUCUCACGGGGACCUUAUCGUGGCCUCCAGCUCAGGGGAGGGUGAUUACGACCCCCGCUUCACCGUCUCCUCGGCUCCCAACUCCCUGCGCCUAGAGAUUCGAGAGCUGCAAGCAGCUGACAGUGGGGAAUACCGGUGCACAGCUGCCAACUCCCUGGGAAACGCAACCUCCACCCUGGACUUCCAUGCCAAUGCUGCCCGGCUCCUCAUCAGCCCCUCGGCGGAGGUGGUGGAAGGGCAGGCGGUGACUCUGAGCUGCAGGAGCGGCCUGAGCCCAGGGCCCGACACCCGCUUCUCCUGGUACCUGAAUGGGGCCCUGCUCCUCGAGGGGCCCAGCAGCAACUUCCUGCUCCCUGCGGCCUCCAGCACCAGUGCCGGCUCUUACCACUGUCGCGCCCAGGACAGCCACGGAGUCAGCGGCCCGUCCGCGCCCGCCGUCCUCACUGUGCACUACCCCCCCAACCAGCCCACACUCACUGCACGCCUGGAACUGGAUGCUGCUGGAGCUGAGGCUGGAAGGCGUGGCCUCCUACUGUGCCGUGUGGCCAGCGACCCGCCUGCCCAUCUACGGCUGCUCCACGGGGACCGUGUUGUGGCCACAUCAUCGGUGGGAGGCUGUGGCACCUGUGGGUGCUGUGCCCCACGCACAAAGGUCACCAACGAGCCCAACCUGCUGCGGGUGGAGAUUCACAACCCGGUGCUGGAGGAUGAGGGCGUGUACCUGUGCGAGGCCAGCAAUAACCUGGGCAAUGCCUCCGCCUCAGCCAUCUUCAAUGCGCAGGCCACUGUCCUGGUCAUCACCCCGUCCAAUUCACCGGAGGAGGGUGCAGAGGCCAACCUGACUUGCAGCGUGAGCCGGGAAGCCCCCGGCAGCCCUGCCAACUUCUCCUGGUUCCGGAAUGGGGAGCUGUGGACUCAGGGCCCCCAGGAGACGUUGAGGCUGCCAUCUGUGGCCAGGACUGACGCGGCCCUGUAUGCCUGUCGGCUCAUCACCGAAACCAGCACCCAGCCCUCGGCGCCUGUGUUCCUGAGUGUGCUCUAUCCCCCGGACCCUCCAAAGCUGUCAGCCCUCCUGGACAUGGGCCAGGGCCAUAUGGCCAUGUUCAUCUGCACUGUGGACAGUCAUCCCCUGGCUCAGCUGUCCCUGUUCCAUGGGGAGCGCCUCCUAGCCAGCAGCCUUGGACCCCAGCUCCCAUCCCAUGGUAGGCUCCAGGUCAAGGCCUCUCCUAACUCCCUGCAGCUAGAGAUCCAAGAAUUGGCCCUUGGGGACUCUGGUCACUAUCACUGUGAGGCUACAAAUAUUCUGGGAUCGGCCAACUCCUCACUCUUCUUCCCCGUCCGAGGAGCCUGGGUCCAAGUCUCACCAUCCUCCGAGCUCCAGGAGGGCCAGGCUGUGGUCCUGAGCUGCCACGUGCCCACGGGGGUCCCCGAGGAAGCCUCGUACCUCUGGUUUCGGGAUGGCCAGCCCCACCAGGAGUGGACCUCGGCCACGCUGCACAUUCCAGCUAUAACUCUGAAGCAAGCCGGUGCCUACCAUUGCCAAGUUCAGGCCCCAGGCUCGGCUACCAGCCUGGCUGCCCCGGUCAGCCUGCAUGUGUCCUACGCCCCACGCCAGGUCAUGCUCACCACCCUGAUGGACGUGGGCCCAAGGCGACUGGGCCUCAUCCUGUGCCAUGUGGACAGUGACCCUCCAGCCCAGCUGCGGCUGCUCCACGGGGACCGCCUGGUGGCCUCCACCCUGCAAGCGGUGGGAGAAGCUGCAGGCAGUGAUGCCCGGCUGCAGGUGUCCGUGACCCCGAAUGAACUGCGCCUGGAGCUCCACAACGCAGUGCUGGAAGAUGAAGGCGUCUACACCUGUGAGGCCACCAACAUCCUGGGCCGGGCCUCAGCUUCGGCCACCUUUGACGCCCAGGCCGUGAGUGUGCAAGUGUGGCCCAAGGCCACUGUGCGGGAGGGGCAGCAGGUGAACCUCACCUGCCUCGUGUGGGCCACUCACCAGGCCCAGCUCACCUACACAUGGUACCAGGAUGGGCAGCAGCGCCCAGGUGCCCGCUCCAUCUCCCUGCCCAACGUCACGCUCGCCAAUGCUGCCUCCUAUCGCUGUGCUGUGGGGUCCCCUGGCCAAGUGCCCCGCCUCUCCACACCUGUCACCCUGGAUAUCCUCUAUGCACCCCGCAGCCUACGCCUGACCUACCUCCUGGAGAGCCGUGCUGGGCAGCUGGCUCUGGUGCUGUGCACAGUGGACAGCCGCCCACCCGCGCAGCUGGCCCUCAGCCAUGCUGGCCGCCUCCUGGCCUCCUCAUCCACAGCCUCGGUCCCCAACACCUUGCACCUGGAGCUGCAAGAGCCGAGGCCCAGUGACGAGGGGCUGUACAGCUGCUCAGCCCGCAGCCCUCUGGGCCAGACCAACGCAUCUCUGGAGCUGCGGCUGGAGGGUGUACGAGUGACACUGGCUCCAUCAGCUGCUGUCCCUGAGGGAACCUCCAUCACAGUGACCUGUGAGGACCCCGCUGCACGCCCACCCGCACUUUAUGCCUGGUACCACAAUGGCCGCUGGAUGCAAGAGGGGACAGACGCCUCACUUACGUUCCUGAGGGUCACACGGGCUCACAGAGGGGCCUACUCCUGUCAGGUCCAUGAUGUCCAGGGCACACGUAGCUCCCGGCCGGCUUCCCUGCAAAUCCUCUAUCCCCCCCGAGAUGCUGUCCUUUCCUCCUUCCGCGACUCCAGAACCAGCCCCACGGCCAUGGUACAGUGCACUGUGGACAGUGAGCCACCUGCUGAGCUGGCACUGUCCCACAAUGGCACAGUGCUAGCCGCUAGUCAUGGGCUCCACGGCUCAGCGUCUGGGACUGGUCACAUCCAGGUGGCCCGCAACGCCCUGCGGGUGCGGGUGCCAGAUGUGCCAGCAGGUGAUGAUGACACCUAUGUCUGCACGGCCCGCAAUGUGCUGGGUUCAGUCAGCACCACCUGGCAGCUGCGGGUGGAAGGUGUGAGCGUGGUGGCCGAGCCGGGCCUGGAGGUGCCCGAGGGCGCCGCACUGAACCUGAGCUGCCGCCUCCCUCAUUCCCCUGGGGCCAUGGGCAACUCCACCUUUGCGUGGUUCCGGAAUGGCCGGCCGCUGCGCAUGCAUCCCGUGCCCACUCUUUCCCUCAGCCACGUGGGUCGCGCCCAGGCUGGGCUGUACCACUGCCGGGCGGAGCUGCCCUCAGGCACCUCUGUCUCUGCUCCCGUCAUGCUCCGAGUGCUCUACCCUCCCAAAACGCCCACCAUGACGGUCUUUGUGGAGCCUGAGGGCGGCCUCCGGGGCAUCCUAGACUGCCAGGUUGACAGCGAGCCCCUGGCCAGCCUGAGCCUCCACCUGGGCAGCAGACUGGUGGCCUCCAGCCAGCCCCAGGGUGCUCCUGUGGAGUCACACAUCCAUGUCUCAGCCUCCCCUAACACCCUGCGGGUGGACAUGCAGCCUCUGCGGCCCAGCGACCAGGGGGAAUACGUAUGCUCUGCCUCCAACAGCCUGGGCUCUGCCUCUGCCUCUGCCUACUUUGGGGUCUCAGCCCUGCACCAGCUGCAUUUGUUCCAGAGUCUCCUUUGGGUACUGGGACUGCUGGCCGCCUCCCUGUGCAUCCUGUUGGGCCUGGGGGCCUACUGUGUGUGGAGGAAGCGUUCUCAACACUUGCACAUACGCAGGAGUUUGGAGAUGAACUCCGAGGGACACGGGGACACGCAGGAGGAGGAGGUGCUGACGAACCAGGCAGCGCUAUGAAGCAGGCAGCACUAGGUCCUGGCUACCUCUGCAAAGGGCAUGGUGACAUCUGACUUCUGAAGACUUGGCUCCAAGCCCUCUGCCCCCAUGAAACGUGGGUGGUGAGAGGUGGGGGAAGCCUCUGUCUACCAAGGAGAUGCGGACUCUAGGGGACCCUCAAGAGAACUGAGCUGAUUAUGUCAUCUAUUUGUCUCUCUGCCUCUAUCUUUCCUCUGGAUCUCCUCUCUCCUCUCCAUCUCUUCUCCAGAGGAGGCACUGCCCCAAACAUCUUUCUCCUCAGUGACACCCCAGACUUUCGGACGAUUAGAAUAGAAGAGUAUCUGUGUCCUCAUAGCCCGGCCAGAGUACUCUGUACCAGACAGUGUACACAUAAGUAAGUCAGGCUGCUCCAACGUGAGACCAAAUACAGAGGCUUCAACAUGAUAGAAUUUUAUUUUGCUUUCCCUUUCUAGUCUGGAUGUGCUGUGGUGGUGUAAGGUGUUGGGGCUCAGACUCCUUCUGUCUUACUUUUCUCCAUUCCUAAAAUACAGCCUUUGCUGGUGAGGUUCAUGAUGGCCCAACUGUGUCCAUAGUCCCUCCAUCCAGAAGAGGGAAAAAUGAAAGUGGAAGAAAGGCACAUCCAUUCCCAUUGGGCACACAACCCAGAAGCUGCAUAGAUCAAUUUUACCCCCUCCCCUUCAGCUGGAGUGUGCGCACGUGGGCACACCAACCUGCAAGGGAAACUGGAGAGGGAGUUUUCCUCUGAGCCCAGAGUCCAUUUGGAAGUUUUGUUUCCAAAGGGCUCUCAGCUAUGGAGUUAAUCCUGGGACUUUUGAUAUUGGUGGGGAUGACCUAUCUCGGUGCCCCUGGCCAGCCUGGUCUUAGGCUUCCUGGAAGAGAUAGUUGGUCCCUCUUGAACAGUAACACUAAAGAAAUCCAGAUUUGGUGGUCCCUAGGGUGUGGGCAUGCCUGAUGGCUGGGUCAGAUCUGGCUCUUAGAAGAAGAGGUGCCCCAUUUCCUUCCUCUCCAUGCCCAUCCCAGCUUUAACAGCCUUUUGAAUGUGAAGAACAGACAUGGAUGUGCUCAGCAUCCCUGGUCUUGCUCCAGGUGCAUUCCUCUCCACCACCGAGUGGGCUCCUGUCAUUGUCCUGGUUUUCCAUGUACCUGGGGCUGUUAAAGCAAAUGAGGGUGACUGACAAGGAAUGAAGUACCUAGGAAUCGGGGACUGGAAGGAGCUGGUCCUUGAGUGGCUGGUGACUCCCCUUGUGGCCUGUGAGCAGAUGACGGGAGGAGCAAAGGGCCUGCAGCUCUCAGAUCUGGGCUGAGAAGCAUGGAGAGUAGUGGGGCAUUAGUUCAGGAGCUCACAGGCUGGAAAGAAAUCAGAGGCCAGGUGAGCGUUGUGUGGCUGAGGCCAGACCCUCCCUCACUCCAGUCCCCAUUUCUUUUUCUGCCUGAUUGCCACGCUCCUCCUGGAGCCUGUCCAGCAUGUCUUCCCAAUAAAUUUCCAUCCUAUGAUGCAA